ACCCCGAAAUCUCUGCGGCAGUCGCGUCGUCGAAAAUCUAGGCACCGACCUUGUGGAAUUCCGACCCCCAUCUGAUCCGGAAGAGAGACUUCGCCAAAAAUGUUUGUCAAGCAUCUUCUCCCUGCCUUCGUGGCACUCGGUUCGGUCGCGGCACAAAGCCAGACCUGCACGGUGUCCACGACGACCAUCCAGAGCCAGGCCGAGGCGACCAAGCUCGCUGGUUGCGGGACAGUUGACGGCACCAUCGUGAUUAGCAACACCGCUGGCGGCAACAUCGACAUCUCGGGCCCCAAGAAGAUCACAGGCGAUCUCAAGAUCGAGAACAACGGCGCGAUUGUCACCCUGGCCAGUUCCAGCCUGUCCUCGAUUAGCGGCACUUUCUUGGUCAACAACGUGACCCAGCUCAACUCGAUCGACUUCGAGCAGCUCACGUCGGUUCAGAAGCUCGAGCUGCAGUCGGUUACGAACCUGAACACGCUCAAAUUUGGGCCCCUCACUGAGGCCAAGGAGAUCGAUAUCAGCGACACUUUCCUCACCAGCUUGGACAGCAUCCAGGCCAGCUCCGUCACGAAUUUCAACAUCAACAACAACCGCCGGCUCACCAAGGUCACUUCCUCGCUCAAGACCUUGGAUGACGUCCUCAUCGUGUCUGCGAACGGCCUCGACUUCGAGAUCGACCUGCCCAAGCUGGUCUGGAUCGCAAACAUGACCAUCGCCAACGUCUCGACCUUCUCGGUCCCGGCCCUGCAGGUCGUCAAUGGCUCUGCCCGCUUUGAUUCCAACAAGUUCUCUACCUUCAGCGCUCCCAACCUCACCAAGACCGAGUCGGGUGACAUCUCUUUUGUUGGCAACGCUGCUCUGACCAACAUCUCGAUCCCCAAGUUGACCUCGAUCGGCGGUGGCCUGCUCAUCGCCAACAACACCGCUCUGCACAAGAUCAACUUUUUCUCCAAGCUUGAGCGCGUCGGCGGUGCUGUGAAGCUCCGCGGCAACUUCACCGAUGUCGAGUUCCCUGCUCUCGAUGACGUCCAGGGUGCCUUUGACGUCUCGAGCACGGGCGACAUCACCUCGUCGUGCGACAAGCUGCAGGCGUCCGCUCCCCGCAACCAGGGUGGCGACGGCAAGUUCCAGGGCACCUUCUCCUGCACCAGCAACAACGAGAGGGCCAACGAAGACACGGGCACCAACACCUCCAGCACUGGCAGCACUGGCGGUAGCGGCGACAACGGCGAGAACAGCGCCUCCAGCGCCGCCUUCAACGCCGCCCUCUUCGGUCUCGUCGCCGUCGCCGCUCUCGCCUCGGCGCUCUAAAGGAUGGACGGUUGAUGGUACCGUGUUGAUUCUGGGUCGCGGCGUUGUUUCUUUCCUUGCACUGUUUAGGCUGGGCAAAUGCGAGUUGGGUCUCUGUGCUCUUGUUUCGGGCUCGUCAGGUUUCACCCAUCACCCCCAUCCAUCACCCCCAUCUCGUCUCACGUCCGCGCGCUGGAGGUUCCACCUGUCC